AUGACGCAGGACGACAGCGCAGUUGCGGAUUUGCUUCCAGUUCUUGACUCUAUUCCUGACCCUGUGGGAGCUUUGGAAGCUUCCAACAUGUGCCCGUCGAUUUACAAGUCAUUCAUGAAAAACCAAUACAACCUGAAGGCUGGACCUUUUGUUACAAAUGGGCCGAUAUUUGAGCCCGAAACUUCCCUACAGGAGCCAAUCGCUGAGUGGAUACCAGAAAAUCCAGACUAUUCACAGAUCAAUACUUCUAUGUUGUUCCAGUCUUCUCUUGAUUCGACUUUCCCUCAAGUAACUCCCCCCACAAUGGCAUCUUGUUCUUGCCUAUCUUAUCUCUACUUAUGCCUCAGCUCUAUAUCAACACUAUCCUCAUUUCCUCUCUCAGUCCACACCUUAACAACAUUAUACAAUGCAGCUCGCACUGCAAAAGCCGUGAUAUUUUGUGAGGUAUGCCCACGGGCAUUUAACACCUCAAUGCAAAAUCUCAUGCUCCUUGGGACACUUUUAAAUGUGGUUGCAGAUGCAUGGCUUGUUGUAUCUGGAAAAGAUCCUGAGGCUUUGGGUACCGUCAGCGUCGAUCCAUCGCACCUCUCUUUGUUGCCCAACGAUUCGGAGCUUCGCCGGGAGCACUGGGACAAAUGGUUACGUAACGUCAUAAAACAUGCCGUGGUUGGAAGCAGUGUGCCGCCGAUUGUUCAGGCAGUGCAGUCCCAGUGCAUGAGUACGCCAAGCCUACUCUCUUUGGUCGAGGAUCUUGAAGAGAGACAACGAAGGCGCCAUGAAGACCUCAAGGCUGGGAGGGAACCAAUGGAUGCGCUAGUAAAAUCAUCAAUAUUAUCAAAGUCUUACUAUAAAGAAGAUGAUGAGCAUGAUUAUUUCUGCUUGAGGGUAAUUGGUAGUGUGAGGAAGGUGAUCGCGAGGUUUAAUUUCGGUGAUGAAUGUCAACCGACGACGGUUAUAUAG